AUGUUCAUGGCUCACGUUGGCGCCCCCUUAAGCGUAGAUCACGCCUCUCUCACCUAUGACAGGGUCCCUGCUGCACCAUCUUGUCCUCCUAAUAAAACUUCUCAGAACCAAGCUCCCCACACCUGGUUAGGUGUUACUCCUCCCAUCAGUGAGUCUCUGCCUAAAGAGGAGGACUUGAUCCAGACCAAAAAUCUGGUUCAACUGUUGGACUCGUUUGAUGUCUUUGAGGAUGAGGGCUCUGAGCUCUCUGAGCACAGGGGGUUGAUUGUCAACAAACUGGAGUUGCUCUUUCAAGAAUGGAUCACUGAAAUGUGUGAAUAUAUGAAUUUGCUUGAAGAGGUUAAAGCUAAUGCUAGAGGCAAGGUCCUUCCUUUUGGCUCUUACCGUCUGAGAACUCACAGUAAAGAUGCCGAUAUUGACGCUGUCUGCAUUGGCCCUCAAAUUCUUGAGAGAAAGGACUUCUUCAGCUCCUUCUAUGAGAAGCUUAAAACUCAGGAAGAAAUUAAAUACCUUAAUUCUACUGAAGGUGCUGUCAUUCCUCUGCUGAAGUUCAUCUUUGAUGGGAUCGAGGUGGGCUUAGUUUAUACCCGUCUGGGACAGCAGAGCAUACCUGAGGACAUAGACCUCCUGGAUGACGACAUUGUUAAAGGCAUGGAUCCAGUGUGUGUCAGGAGUCUUAAUGGCUACAGGACCACUGAGGAGAUCCUGAAAAGUGUGCCAGAUGUUUCCACCUUUCAACUGGCUUUAAGAACCAUCAAGCUGUGGGCUAAACGCCGCAGCAUUUACUCCCACGGGAUGGGCUUCCUGGGUGGAGUAUCAUGGGCAAUACUGGUGGCUAGAGUUUGCCAAAUGUAUCCAAGAGCCUCAACAUCAACUGUGGUGGCCAAAUUUUUCAUGGUCUACAGUAAUUGGAGGUGGCCACUCCCAAUUACACUAAAGAGAACAGUAGACCCUGGUUUUGGUUUCUCUGUGUGGAAUCCGAGGGAAAGCAAGGCUGACCGCUCUGACAUAAUGCCAGUCAUCACUCCAGCAUACCCAAAUCAGAACACCACAUUCAACGUGACACCCUCCACUGUAGGGGUGAUAAAGGAGGAGAUAAAGCGAGGCUUUAUCAUCACUGGAACGAUCUGGCAAAAGAAAGAAGAGUGGUCCAAACUGUUUGAAACAUUCAACUUUGUAGAUCAGUACAAACAUUUCUUUGUGGUGGAACUGACUUCAUCAGCACAGGAGCACCAUCCCAAAUGGGUCUGCCUGUGUGCCUCUAAAAUCAAACACCUGGUGAGAUUCAUGGAGAAGAACUGGCAAAUUUCUCAGGCCCGUGUGAACCUGCAGUCCUGUCCAUCCCAAACUAGUGAUGGAAAAAUCACCAAACGUUGGCUGAUUGGACUAGUCCUUAACAUGGACAUGUAUAAGUUCAGGAAUGUGGACCUUGACGCUGAGUUCCAGUCAUACAGAACUCAUGUUUUUGAAUGUGCGAAACGUAGCAAUAUGUGUACUGAGGACAUCACACUAACAGGUCGAUAUAUGAGGAGAGAAGACCUGACCUGGCUUCCUGAUGAGAGGAAAGAGGUUUCCAGACCAGUCCAACAUGUAUCACACGCUGUGGUACCACAAGGAACAAAGACGCAGCUUCCUGUUCUAGAUCAAACCUCAACUAAAAGGUUUAAAAAUGAAAAAGAACAGAGCCAAAACACAUUCAAAGAGUCCUGUCCGGGUUCUGUACUCAAAGAGGGAAAAGAAGUCAAGUCUUGUCCUUCUCCAAGAAACAAGAAACCUCGCAGCCCUGAGCCUGAGACAACAAAGCAACCUAAACUUGACCUGCCACCAGAGGGCAGUGAUGCCUCAGAGCUGACCUUUAACUCUCAGAGAAGCAUGAGGGCAAAUCCCCUGGCAGCCCCCUGUGACCCGGGUGAGAGGCAGGGUGCACCCUGGUCAGUCAAUCACAGGAACAAAUAUACUCCCAGCAUCACCAGUUAA